AUGACCAAGGACAGGUUCACCUGGAGUGGUCCAGACUCAUGGUAUAAUGACACAACAUCCAGCAAGAAGUUUUCUCUCCCUACGCCGCCAUCUUCAACGGGAGGCAUGCGUGGGUGCAUGAUCGUAGCUGAGAUAAGGGCCCGAACCAAAGUCAGCAGAGAGGAUGGAGACAUCCUAGCCUCUAGAUUUCCUGUGGACACCCAGGUGGCUUACAUACUGAGUCUGGGGGUGGUGAAGGAGUUCAGGAAACAUGGAAUAGGCUCCUUGCUGCUGGACAGUCUUAAGGAACACAUCUCCACCACGGCCCAGGACCACUGCAAGGCCAUCUACCUCCACGUGCUGACUGCUGACAACACACCACGGAGACCUGCUAUACACUUCUACCACAACAGAGACUUCACGCAGCAUCACUACCUACCGUACUACUACUCCAUACGAGGGGUGCUGAAAGACGGCUUCACAUACGUUCUGUACAUCAGGGGGCAUCCGCCCUGGACGCUCUUAUAUCCUUACUGCAAGGGGAUUGGACCCUCUGACUUCACUGACCCACCACCACUCGAACCUGGAAAGACUGAGGGCUGA